AUGUCGAAGAUGAUUGAAAUCACAUCUACAGAGCAGUUCUUAGCAUUGCUAUCAACGACUCCUGUUGUAGUAGCGGACUUCUACGCGGACUGGUGCGGGCCAUGUACAGUAAUACGCCCGGUAUUUGAGGGCCUUGCAGGGCAACAUUCUAGCGAAAAGGUGAAGUUCGCAAAGGUCAAUGUGGACAAUCAACAAGAAAUCGCUGGGCUUUUCACUGUCACAGCUAUGCCCACCUUCAUCGUUUACAAAGACGGUGAAAUUCUACGACGGAUAAAAGGAGCAGGAAAAGAAGCCCUCACAAAUGCAGUCAUGGCUGGUGUGCGGGCUGCCAAUGGCGAAGCUGUUGAAGCGCCGGAGGAAUCAGGUAGUAGUGAAAGUUCGGCCUGGCUAGGUGCGCCUGCUCCCCGAACGUACCAGAAUAUCACGGAUGAGGUAGAAGUGAAGGGCAUAGAUAUGCUCAACCGCGACGACGAAGCCGGGCCCGCAAGAAGUUUGUUCGACAGCCAGAUUCCCGGGACACUGGCAGCAGCCAACGCGAAGGGCAAAGCAAAAGAGCCUACAGAACCAGACUGGGUUCUAAGUGAUACGGACGAGCAAUUGAUUGUGUUCAUCCCCUUUCAGUCCUCCACCAAGAUCCAUUCUCUACAAAUAACCUCACUCCCACCAUACAGCGAUGACGAAGAGGAUGCACCCAUGCGGCCAAGGACGAUAAAGCUCUUUACAAACCACACCCACAUUAUCGGAUUUGAGGACGCGGAUGACACAAAACCUGUGCAGACUUGCGAAAUAUCACCCAAGGACUGGGACCCAAAGACGGGCACUGCCACUGUUGAGCUCCGGUAUGUCAUGUUCCAGGGAGUUUCUUCCCUGAAUGUGUAUUUCGUUGACGGCGAUGGAGACGGCGAGAAGAUAAGAGUAGACAGACUACGCAUCUUCGGCGAGGCAGGAGAGAAGAGAGAAGGUGUCAUAGAGAAGGUUGGCGCUGCAGGCAACUAA